AUGAGAAAGAAUCGGUGCGUCCUGCAUUGUGUGGGUAUCUCUUUGGAAAUGGUUCCUUGGAUGAUGCUUUGGCGGUCUUUGAUGGUUAUGAUGCCGCCAUGGAUAAUGUACGAGGAGAUAAUGGCAGCAUUUCCUGAAGCAAAGUUUCUGCUCACCAUCUCUGAUGCAGAGAGCUGGUUCGAAAACUUUUUCGAAAUUGCAAGGGUGCUCAGAGCUAGUCAUAGAAAUGACACUUGCUUGAAAAACUAUUACCGCCACAUCCAGCGAGUGCAAGAUGUUAUCCCACCUGAGCGCUUGCUGGUGUACAACUGGUCUGACGGUUGGUCCCCGCUUUCAUUUCUUGGGGACCUGCAUUCCUGA